GCGCCUUCCCGCUUCUCCUCAGCCACCCCGCGGGAGAAGCGGCCCACGCCCUCCAGAGCCACGGUGGAACUAGAAGCCCAGAGAAAGGGAAGUUCUAGUUCACUUUUCUGGAUCUUUUCUGGACAAGAACAUAUCAAGGACUGCUAUCAAACCCUUUCUUCCUGUAUCUCAGACCAACAGGUAGGAGAAAGAGCCACUUUCUGGAAGGACAUAAGUCUUGGAGAUCUUAGAGAAACAGAAAUAAUUCUAUAUUUGUGCUGGUAACUUUGGACUACCUCUAGAAUUCCCUCAUAACCACCCAACUUAGAUCCACUCUUUGUUGAAAUGGCUACGUUAUUGGAAAAUAUGGGUCUUAUUGGAUAUACGGAAUUAUUUUCCAUGUUACUGAAAUUGGACCAAACAGUACUAAUUUCAGAUGAAAACAUUACAGUGAUGGAUACAAAGUUUACUGACAUUCCAGUAUGUUUGUACUUGCCAAAGAAGAAGUCAGAAAGCCAGAGACGGGCUGUAAUUUUUAUUCAUGGUGGUGCCUUUGUUAUGGGAAGUUGCAGGCAGAUGGCUUAUGACUUCCUGAAUAGAUGGACAGCAAAUAAACUUGGUGCUGUUGUUGUGGGAAUAGACUAUAGGCUAGCUCCUCAAUAUCAAUUUCCUGUUCCCCUUGAAGAUGUCAUUUCUGUGGUCAGAUUCUUUCUACAGGAUAACAUUCUUGCAAAAUAUGGAGUGGAUCCUUCCCGAAUCUGUAUUUCAGGUGAUAGUUCUGGGGGUACAUUGGCAGCAAAAGUUACUCAACUGGUACAAAAUGAUCCAGAAUUCAAAAAUAAAAUUAAGGCACAAGCUUUAAUUUACCCUGGCUUGCAGGCGGUGGAUGUUUUAAUGCCCUCUCACCGACAAAAUGAGCAUGGUCCGAUUCUGUCAAGGGAUAUGGCAAUUAAAAUGGGAUGCCUGCACUUGACCAAGGAUAAAGCACUGCCCCAAGCAGUGAGAGAAAAUCAACAUAUGCCCCAUGGAUCAAGACAUCUGUUCAAGUUGGUUAACUGGAGUACUCUUCUUCCUGAAAAAUAUAGAAGGAAUCACAUAUAUACUGAACCAAUUAUUGGGAAGCUUAACUCUUCGUAUCCAGUACUUUUGGAUAGCAGGUUAUCACCCUUGUUAGCCACUGAUUCCCAAUUAGAAAAAUUGCCACUAACUUAUAUCAUCACCUGUGAACAUGAUAUCCUAAGAGAUGAUGGACUUAUAUACGUCUCACGACUUCGAAAUGCUGCAGUUAACGUUUCUCAUGACCACAUAGAGGAUGGGAUCCAUGGAGCACUUUUUUUCAUGACAACACCAUUUUACUUACGUGUAGGCAUUAGAAUAAGUGAUAAAUAUAUUAAUUGGCUUGAAGAAAAUCUAUAAAUAGUACAUGUAGCUAGCUAAUUAUUUAUUUAGUAAUAUAAUCCAAAGGUUAUAUUUGAAAGUUUGUGACUUUAAGGAACAGAACAAUGAUAUUCUUUUUGAAUAAAUGUAAGUUUAAAAGCAAA